AAACCUUCUGAAUUAUACCAUAACCAAAUACGAGUCAACCCGUAUAAAACUCAUCCAAUUUGCCGACGCUACUCAGAUCACCAGGUGAGUUAAGAAAUAUGCAGAUCUUCGUCAAAACCCUAACCGGAAAGACGAUCACGCUCGAAGUAGAGAGCAGCGACACCAUCGACAAUGUCAAGGCCAAGAUUCAGGACAAAGAAGGCAUACCGCCCGAUCAGCAGAGAUUGAUAUUCGCCGGUAAACAAUUGGAAGAUGGACGAACGUUGGCGGAUUAUAAUAUCCAGAAAGAAUCGACGCUCCACCUUGUUCUGAGACUCAGGGGAGGUACCAUGAUCAAGGUGAAAACCCUAACAGGUAAAGAAAUUGAAAUCGACAUUGAGCCGAAUGAUACUAUUGACCGGGUUAAGGAACGGGUCGAGGAGAAAGAGGGAAUUCCUCCCGUGCAACAAAGGCUGAUUUAUGCCGGGAAGCAGCUUGCAGAUGACAAAACUGCGAAAGACUACAACAUUGAAGGUGGCUCUGUUCUUCAUCUUGUUCUUGCUCUGAGGGGUGGCUGUUUUUAGAUGCCUGUAAAUUUGCUAUUUAAUUAUUCGAAUUUUGCGAAUUUAUUCUGAGCAUGACACAUUAGUUGCUCCUUUUUGGGAUUGAUUUCCGAAUAUUUUAACGAGUAUCGUAUCUGCAAUUCUUUGACUUCAA